GGAUCUCGAAUUCCUCCAGCCUUUCCCUUUUGGCUUCUCGAAGGAGAAGAAAACUGUCGGAGAGAGAGAGAAGAAGGCAAUCAUCAUCGCCAGUUGUUCUGUUCUUCGAGAUAUUCAAAUUCUCCGUCUCUAGAGAAUUUCAGAUCAAGAGAAUCAGUUUUUCCGGUAGUUUGUGGUGGUGGUGGUUGGAAGGUGAUAGGAUAUGGCGCAGGAGCAGGAAGGAGCGGUGGUUGAGAGCGAUGUGCCGAAUGAUUCCGUCGCCGCUGCUGUGGCCGCAUCCGCAACCGCCGAUAGCGUGAAGAAGAAGCAAAAGGGAUUCUUUUCGCGUUUAUGGAAUGGGAUAUUUAGGGUUAGAGGUGACGAUUUUGAGAAGAGACUUCAAUACAUCUCAAGGGAAGAAGCUACUGUUUUAUCAAGGAUGAAGCGUAGAUCGAUUACAUGGAGGAAACUCACCAGAAAUCUCAUCGUUUCCUCCGUAUUAUUCGAGAUAAUUGCUGUGGGUUAUGCGAUCCUGACUACCAGAACGGAAGAUUUGGAUUGGAGAAUGAGGAGUUUCCGGAUCCUGCCAAUGUUUAUUUUACCUGCUGUUUCUGCUCUUGCUUAUUCCUCAAUUGUCAGCUUCUCAAAGAUGUUUGACCGCAGAGAUCAAAAGACCUUAGAAAAGCUUCGAGCAGAAAGGCUGGCUAAAAUCAAUGAGCUUAAAGAAAGGACCAAUUACUACACCACACAACAACUUAUUCAGAGAUAUGACCCCGACCCAGCGGCAAAAGCAGCUGCUGCAACUGUUCUAGCAUCCAAAUUGGGUGCCGAUUCAGGCUUGAAAGUAUUUUUAGGAGAUGAAUCCCAACUAGAUCCAUCUUCGGGCAAGAGCAAUGACAUGGAGGUUAACCAAUCACGUGGGUUGAGGAAUCGAAGACAACCAAAUACAAGACCCCACGGUUCUGGGAGCACUUCAACACAUCAUUCUGAUGAUGAGUCUCACCAUUCUGGAACAAGCGAGAGAUUUCCAGGCGCCACAGAGCAGAACCAGCAGAUGUUGGUUGAGCAUUACAGCCCUCAGGGAUAUGCUGCUCAUGAUGGCAGUUGGAUCUCACGCAUUGCGGCUCUUCUUGUGGGCGAAGAUCCCACACAAUCAUUUGCACUCAUUUGUGGAAACUGUCAUAUGCAUAAUGGACUUGCUCGGAAAGAGGAUUUUGCAUACAUUACAUACUAUUGCCCUCACUGUAAUGCUCUGAACAAACCGAAGCAUACAGAGGAGAAUGCACUUCUUCCUGCUGUUUCCGCUUCACCGAUCACAGACUCUCUGCCAUUGAUUGAAACCAGCGAAGUGGUUAACAGCAGCAGCUCGAGUAGUGAACGUGGAAAUAGUCCCACUCCAGAAAUAAAAGAGGAAGCUGUGACUACUGAGACCGGGACACCUAGCUGAGGAAGAUUCAGUGAGCUAAAGAAAAAGGCUUUCUUGUGUUGCUGCUAAGGAAAGAGAGAGAGAGGGAGAGAUUGUGUGUGUGUGUGUUUGUGGAAGUGAGUACUCGUUCAGGUAAUCUUUUGCUAAGAAUUGAAUAUCUGAAAGCUGCUUACAGUUUUGAUUUUGGUCUGUUUCUAUACAACAAGACAAUAGGGUUUUGGUGGGUAAAUAUACGAUUCUGAUGUGAUUCUGAUGUCGUAAACUAUGAUUGUUAUACGAUUUUGGGUUUUAAAGCUUUUUCAUUCUCUUUACCUUUACAGAUUGUCGCUGUUUUUUUGUAAUGUAAUCAUUCUUGAAUGUGGAUCACGAUUUUAAUACAACUAGCCUACAGUU